CCGCCGGUGCCAGAACCGAUGCCCGGAGCGGCAACCGCAGGUGAAAUUACUGCCCCGCCGCGAGUCCUGUGACCGACUGGCUGGAGCGAGCCCCACACUCCCGCUCCCCCCUAUAACUGCAGCUGCGCAGCCGGGCCAGACGCGCCGGCGCGCACGGACCAUCCAUCCCGGUCCCUCGCCGCGCCGCGCACAUCAUAACGUGCUCCGCGCCCACCGCCUGAUCCCCGGACGCCGCGCGGGGCGAGUCGGUCGCGGGUGCGUGCGUGCCUGGCCGCCUUGGGCUCGGGGCGAUUUCUGGGGUCGGCUUUGCAGGUGUCCCUCCUCCUCGCGACAGAUCGAAACCCCCAGCCCCCCCCCCCCCACUCGUCCGUCUGCCGGCCCGCCCCUCCCUCCCCGAUUCCUCGUCUCGAUCCCGUCCGCCUCCGCCCCCAAACCCAAAGCCCCGUACCUUUCCUCCCGUUUCCCCACGCGCUCCGCUCCCAGAACCCAAAAGUCGCUUUUCGGGUUGCUCGCUAGGGUUUUUUUUUUCCUGGCCAUGUCGCACCCGCUUGUCCCCGCCUGACUCGACUCGAUCGCCUGCUGCGGCAGCCUGCGUAGCCGGUUUCCGAGUUCCAACCCAAUGGAGGAAGACGAGCAAGCGCAGCCGGAGGGGGAGACGGAGGAGGUGGAGCCGCCUCGGUGCAGGAGGCACCCAUCCCAGCUCCUCACCGGCAUCUGCCCCUCCUGCCUCAUGGAGCGCCUCUCCUCCGUCCGCGACCGCCCCGAGGCCGAGAUCGUCGAGGUCGGCCCCGCGGAACCCGGCGAGGGCUCGGGCGCGGACCCGAGCAAGCUGCGGAAGACGCUCAUGCUGCUCUUCCAGCUCGACGACUCCAGCGGCGGCAGCGAUGUCGCACAUCCGUCAAAAGGGAAAGGCCCCCCAGUAGCGGAAUUGGAGGUGGACUCUGGAGCAGGAGGAGAUCGAGGGGGCAAGUGGAAGGGCGGCUCGUGGCUCAGGUCGAUUUUUCCGAGGAGAGGGAUGCGGUGGAGGAGGAACGGAGGCUCUUGGAAGGAGCCGUCGGUGGAUCCGAACGGCGGCGGUGGUGAUGCGCAGGUGGAGCGGAAGCCGAGCUUCCGGCGCUCGUGCGAGUGGAGGGUGUGCCGGGAGCCGAGUAGAGGCUCCCUGGAGCCACCCCGGCACUCGUGGGACGGGUCGAUGGUGGGCAGGGCCUUCCCUUGCUCAUUUGCCUGCUUAGAGGAGCCCCCGGAUGAGGUGAGGAGGGCGAGGCAGAACAAUGCAGAAGAAGCGGUUGGGGAGACCCGUGUCGUGGUUGCAGAGAGCAGGAAUGGGGGGCACUCGGCUGAUGUGGGCAGCGAGGGGCGGCGUUUCAGCGGAAGGAGUUGCAAUGACACCGGCCUGGAGAUGACUGUCUCUGGUGUUAGAAGGCGGAGAUCCAACAGGUGGAGCAGGGUGUGGGAUCGCAGCAUAACGAGUCCACUCAAGGAAUUUGUGAGGAAAGGGGAGCAUGUUCUUGAGCGGUCCCUCUCGGAGUCGAGGAAGGAAAUCCGGAGGGGUAAAAAUGCGGAGGCAGCAGACAUCAAUGGCGAAAUUCAGUCUGGUCGCAAUGGACAUGGUUUGAGCAGAGCAAGCCAAUGCGCAAUCAGAAGCUCACAAGCUGCAUCCAAUGGGGAUGCACAGAACUUCCGUGCAGAUUGGCUUAAGAAUAAAGAAUGCAAGAUUGGCAGAAGCAGGAGUGUGCAUUAUACAUCUCCUGGGAAUUUGGACAAUGGAAUGCUGAGGUUUUAUUUGACACCAAUGAGAAGCACCAGAACCGUGAACAGGGGGAGGAGGAGAAAUUCACGCUUGUUUGCAAGAGGACUUUUCGGUUUCAUAUGAGUGGCUGAAGUAGAAUAUUAGCCCAUGCCAUGUGUUUUAGAAGAUGGCAGCAGCAGAAGCAACUUUUCUUUGCAAACUAGUUGGUUUCUAAGGAUUGGCAACAUCCCUAUAAAUGGCAUGGCUAGGCUUCGCUCAUGGGAGCUUUUAUCUCUUGUCAUCAUUUUCAAGGGAAUUCUCAGAGGUUGCAGAGAAUUCUCAUCCUUCAAAUGUGAUGUGCACUCGCACAUUCAGUCCCCUCGACCUUCUGUUCCGCAUGGUCCGUGGAGACUGUAAAUGCCAGAAGCAUCCUCUUAGCUGCAUAGUCAUACUAUGCAGUUUCCAACUAACAGUUCUGUUGUGUCUGUGUGCUUCCUGGUUUGCACAGUACUUGGAGAAUCAAACUGCGAUAUGGUCAUUUGGCGCACCCUAUUUCUCCCGGCACCUGAAUGCUACUCUGCUAUCAGGUAGAAAAAUGUCUGAAUAAAGUCAGAACACAACCAGAUGAUCCAAUCAUUCUCGGAGCAGUCUAAUUUAUUUUCAUUACAUUACAAGGGAAUGCCAGAUGCAAAAGUUCAGGUAAAGGCCAAGCGGAAGUUUCAGAGUGGACUCGCAAUCCUGACUCCGUUGAUCCAGACAGACUGAUAUACACGGGGAAACCAGUUUUACCUCUACAGAAAGAAGAUCUACCACUGGUCCUUAAUGCUGGAUCAAUUGGUAUAAGCAGGCCACAUGAGUGUGUGUAUCAACUCCCAGGUUCCUUGAUCAUGUUAAAAUUCCAUGUGGCGCAGGAAAGAAUUGAACUUAGUGCAUACUUGGUUCAGCAUUUCAUGAAAUGGAAUUCGACAACAUGGGUGAGAAUGAAACAAUAUCAUGGACAAAGGGAGAAGAAGCGAAGUUCAUUGCCAUUAUUGAAACGAAAUUGCCUUCUUCAAAGAAUAAUUUUUGGGAUGAGUUGUGCCGUGCCCUUCCUUGCAAGAGUAGAAGUACUAUCACGAGUGGCUUGUCCAAGAGCUCACCAGGCAUACUCCAGAUUCCAUCAACAGUGAUGAUGAGUCCAUUGAGCCUACCUUUCUAAAUUCCCUUCCUCGAGGAGAAGGGCGUCUCUAUUGGAAAUGGAGAAUAUUUAGAUUGAACCCUCAAUGCCCUUUCAGGGGAGAGCGGAGGUGGUGAGCUUUAAUGCUUUGUGUAUGUAAUUGCUAUAGUGAUGUACUCGUUUGGCUCUGUUAUUUCUUCCUCCAUCAACCUGAACUUUAAUGUUAGCUUAGCUGUUAUUCGUCCUCCUUGAGACCUUGAACCUUGAAUAUUGAUACAUUUUGGCAUUAUUAGCAUUUAAGUUUUUGUUCUGAA